AUGCCAUAUGUGGAGAUGUCGAGCUUAUCGGCCAGUGGAUUGUUGGUUUGCGCUGCGCUUUGUCGUGACGACUGUUUGUUUCUGAAGUAUGAGGACAAUGGAACGGGCUCAGGCACCUGUGACCUGUACAAUCUAAGGGACGAGAUCUCUACCAAGCUGAAAUUCGUGAAUGGUUCAAAUCUGUACAAAAAGGUCAAUCCUCCCGCCGAUGUUUUUGUUGGAAUCUUGGAAGAAAAAACAUGGGACGAGGCUAGAAACUUCUGUCAGAGUCUGGGAAGCAGCUUGGCCAUCGCUGACAGCACAGCCAAGAUGGACAGAAUGUACAACCUGAUAGGAAAAUGGGACUUCUGGGUAGGAGGCAAGCGAAAUGGGACGACCUGGAACUGGCUAUCCGGGGCGGUCGUGACGCCUUCUCCUUUGGUAGAUGGCAGUGGAGCGUGUCUUGAAAGUUGGUCUGGACGGUUGACCGAUGAAUCUUGCAGUUGGAAAAAUUGGUCAUUUUGUGAAUAUUAGCUUUACAAACAAAUUUCAAACGUUUGCAUGCAUUACAUGAAAAGGUGUUUUUGUAAU